AUGUCCAAUAGCAGCUCCACCACCAAGUUUCUCCUCCUGGCAUUCACAGACACAUGGGAGCUGCAGCUCUUGCACUUCGGGCUCUUUCUGGGCAUCUACCUGGCUGCCCUCCUGGGCAAUGGACUCAUCAUCACCGCUGUAGCCUGUGACCACCACCUCCACACCCCCAUGUACUUCUUCCUCCUCAACCUCUCCCUUGUCGACCUGGGAUCCCUCUCCACAACUGUCCCCAAAUCAAUGGCCAACUCCCUGUUGGAUACCAGGACCAUCUCUUUCUUUGGAUGUGCUGCUCAAGUCUUUUGGUUUCUCUUUUUAGUUGUAGCAGAGUAUUGUCUUCUCACUGUUAUGUCCUAUGACCGCUACAUUGCCAUCUGCAGACCCCUGCACUAUGGAACCCUGCUGGGCAGCAGAGCCUGUGUCCACAUGGCAGCAGCUGCCUGGGGCAGUGGCUUUCUCUAUGCUGUCCUGCACACGGCCAAUACAUUUUCACUUCCCCUCUGCAGAAGCAAUGCCAUAGACCAGUUCUUCUGUGAAAUCCCCCAGAUCCUCAAGCUCUCCUGCUCAAAUGCCUACCUCAGGGAAGUUCGGCUUCUUGUGGUUAGUGGCAUUUUAUUCUUUGGGUGUUUUGUUUUUAUUGUGGUGUCUUAUGUGCAGAUCUUCAGGGCUGUGCUGAGGAUCCCCUCUCAGCAGGGGCGACACAAAGCCUUUUCCACGUGCCUCCCACACCUUACUGUGGUCACCCUGUUUAUCAGCACCUCAUUUUUUGCCUACCUGAAGCCCCCUUCCAUCUCCUCCCCAUCCCUGGAUCUGGUGAUGGCAGUGCUGUACUCUGUUGUACCUCCAGCAGUGAACCCCCUCAUCUACAGCAUGAGGAACCAGGAUCUGAAGCGUGCCUUGAGGGACCUAUGUGACUUCAGCAUCCAUAAUGUGUCCAUUAUUUUUAUAGGACUUCGUUGUGGUUCAACCUUGCCUGGCAACUAA